AUGUUCGUUGAUUCUCUCGUAGAAGGAAAAUUCCCAGUCAAAGCAUUAAUUGAUACAACAUCUAAAUACAAUACUAUUAGCAGGCGCCUGUUCGAUAAGCUUGAAGAAGAUUAUGGAAUUCAUCAUAUCUGUGAUCCUGUUGAGAUUCUCUAUGGAGAUGUAAUAGGUGAAAUGCAAUGCUUAGAUUUGCAAUUUUGUUAUAAAGGAAAGUGGCGAAGCUUAGAUGCCACCGAAGUAAUAGACUUUCAAAUUCGCAAAAAUCCAUCAUUUGAUCUGGUGUUAGGACAAGAAUGGUUAUGGAUGCAUAAAGCAAAAAUAAGCUUUGAAUUUUCUCCCGAAGCCCGUAGCCACCAUGCUAAAAUUGUAAUAGAUGGUAUGAGUAUCCCAUUAAUCGAAGAAGAGUAUGAACAUCGUCAUAAAUUGUUAAGCGAACUGAAAAAUCAACUUGAAACAAAGAUUAACCCUCAACUAGUUGUUGCUUUGAGUGAACAUGAUAUUAGUUCAUGUCAAAUGUUCUAUGCAAUAUUCUGUCAAAUUGAAUUUUUACAAGAGUUUUAUGAAGAAUUAUUUAUGAAACUAAAUAAAGAAUAUACUUGGUGUGGAAAUGUUUUUCCUGAUACAAAUGAAAUUAUAAUAACACUUAUUGAAAGUAUUUUUGAUUCAUUGGGACCAUCUUUGAGUACAAGAUUGUUAGGUUUGAUUGAAUAUUAUGGUGAACAAUGUUUACCAGAAAUUAUUGAUGCCUUUACUUUAACUGAAAAUUUUGUGAUUUUUGAACCUUUUGUUGAAUAUCAACAUGAUUUUUCCGAAUACGAGAAGAAUUAUUUAAUUGAUUUGUUUAAAAAAACUAUUCUUCAAUCAACUGAAAUUUCUGGAUCUGUUGAACUUGCAAAAGUCAUGUCAGGAAAUAUUUCAAAAAUAUUUUACAUGGCAGAAAAUUCAGUGAAAAGAUGUAUGAAACUUACACAUGGGUUUGCAGCAGUUGGAUUAAUCAACUGUUUAAAUUAUUUCUUUUCUUUUUUUAUAAAAGAAUAUCAUACUUUGUUGGAUCAAUUACGUACAGACUUUAGAUUAAAUGAUUAUCAUGUCAAAUAUCAUAAACAUUCAAAAUCAUCUGGACAUAUGAAUGAUUAUUAUUAUAGUGAGUUUGAUCAAGAUAAAUUACAAGAAGAUUGGUCCAAUUUUCAAAUUGGAUUGAGGUUAUUAUCAACAUGUCGUAUUGCAACUGAUAAAUUAAAGAUAUUGGAAGAUAAUAUUAAAGAAAAACUUGUUAGCAUGAGACCUUUGAUAGAGCUUGAUAUAAAUAAUCAUGACAAAUUUGGUUGGUAUGAGCAACAAUCAGUGAUUAUUGAAAAAACAACUUUUACAGGAACUCUAUCAUCUUUAUCAUUAUUACAACAAUCACCUCUUAACAGUCAUCAACUUAAUGAACUUUUAUCAGGAGAUAUCAAGACAAAGCAAGUCUUAAAACCUUCAGCUAAAUCUAUUAGCACUUUUACUAAAUCUAGUCAACUUCUUGUUUUUGAUAGCAUUUUUUUUCCUAUUGUUAAACAUAUGAUAAAUCUACCCUCAAUGGAAAUUUGGAAUGCAACAGCAGAGUCUUCACAAAUUUCACCAUUUAAUAUAGAAAUUCCAAUAUUCAGUUUAUCACCAUCUGAAUAUAUGACUAGGAUUGGAGAACAUCUUUUAACUUUGCCACAACAAUUUGAAGUCUUUGCUGAUGAUGAAUCAUUGGCUUUUUCUAUUGGAUCACUACCUUACAGUGAUGAGAAAUCAAUAAACACUGCUGCAGCAGUGGCAGAAGCAUCUACUACUACUGUUACUACUGCAAGUAGUAUAGCAACAAAGGAAGGAAUCAUAAAAGAAAUUGAUCAAAAAGAUGAAACUAAUAAUAAUAAUAUACAGAUGGAAGAAGAAGAGUUUUUAACAGGAGAGGUCACACAUACUUGGAUUACAUCUAUAGCUCGUGGCACUAUGCAUGCAAUUUUUGAACGUAUUUUGGCCAUCCCACAAUUAUCAACACAUGGUAUAAAACAAUUGUUAACGGAUUUAGGUUAUUUGACAAAUGUUCUUUCUGCUCUAGAUAUUUCACCAACCAGAGAAGUACAAAAAACUGUUAAAGUUUUAGAAAUGGAUGAGGAUCAAUUAUUUAAACUAUUAAGAUUAAGAUCAAAUAGUGAUGAUAAAAUUGACGAAUUUAUAGAUGCAGGUGAUAGAGAAAUUUUGAUUAAAGUAGCAGCAUUAAGAGGAAUUCAUCAUAUACCAAUUUUUAUUCAAAAUCAUUUUUAA